AUGAAUCAAUGCAUACAUUCAAAUCUUCGAAGUCCAUUAUACAAUUGAGAUCCUCCAGCAAGAUAUUCACGUGAAUCGAAUGGUUCCAGUUCAGCUGAACCUUUGAACAAAAGUAAUGAUAAAAAAUUAUCAGUUGAUCGUUCAUCGGAAAUAGUCAUUGAGCAAUCAGUUCGUUCGGAAUCUGAACAAACUAUUAAUGAUCGUCUUCAUGAAUUGUCUCUUAAAUAUGAAAUCGAUACAACACUAAGUGAACGUCUUCAUCUACUGAAAGAUUAUGAAAUUAUUAUUCUUUGUGAUGAUUCUGGUUCAAUGAAGACAACGGUAGAUGGUACUGAUCGUACACAAUGGGGUGAACUUCAUUCAAUAGUGAAGAUUGUAUUAAAAAUAGGUACCGUAUUCGAUGCAAGUUUUGUUGAUAUUUAUUUUCUCAAUCGACAACCUAUUUACAAUGUGACCGAUCCUCAAGCAAUCGAUCAAGCAUUUUCAAUUCCCUUCCAUUCCAUGGUUAUUCACCAUUGGUACGUACUCUAA